UUAAUAUAAAAGUCGAUCGUUCAGAUCACGUUUGUGUGGAAAAGUUGGAUUUUUAUUUUAACCUUUAUUUUAGUUCAAACUCAAACGAUCCACAAAGAUCACGUUUGCUGUAGAUGUUUAAUAGGUGUGUGAGCAUAGGUGUGUUUAGUGGCCUCAUUACAGGAAGUAUGUCACGCAGACUAAAGUCUCCAGACCGGGCUGAUCAGUUAUAAAAGCCGACGCUGCCUCCUGGAUUCAUUCUGCCAUCCAGGAGACGCCAUCAGCAGUUCUGCAGCUGGGAGAAGUUUUUAUCCUGAUCAUGGCUGUGACCAACCAACCGGGUAGAUACGAACCCUCUGACUUCCAGACCGGCCUGUGUGACUUCUGUGAUGACUGUGGAACCUGCCUCUACGGUCUGUUCUGCUACACGUGUCUGGGCUGCUCCAUCGCCAGCGACAUGGACGAGUGCUGCAUGUGUGGUCACGGGAUGCCCAUCCGCAGCGUCUACAGGACCAGAUACAACAUCAGAGGGUCAAUGUGUAAGGACUUCAUCGCAGCUGCGUUCUGCCCCAUGUGCGCCACCUGCCAGCUGAAGAGAGAUAUUGACCGUCGGAAGGAGCAAGGCAUCUUCUGAACGGAUGUCGCCAUGGCAACAGAGAAGUUGUAAAUCAGCCUGAUGCGGAGCUGAUGAGAGGAACCCAUCCUCUUCCUCAUAAAAUAUACCACUGUUUAUGGUUUAGUUUGUAUUUUUCAUCAUCAUCAUCAUCAUCGUCGUCGUCGUCUCGGGUCAGGGAGGCCUCAGCUGCCUCACAUGAUCCGGAUUUUCUUUUAUCUGCUCUUCACUGCAGAUAUGCAUGUCUGCUUACUUCAAACACUCGGAGCUUCAAUAAAAACCUUUCAGGCUGGAACAGCACACGUUUCCUGAGUUUUCCUCUCCAAACCUUCAUGAUGUGUCCCCACAGCAGCAGGAUCUGUCAAAUACGUCGUCUUCAAGGCCCACAGGGUUCAUAUCACGUAGUCAGAGCUCUCCACCUGACAGUUCAUAAUCAGUUAAAUCUUAAAGAGUGUAAAGGUCUCGGGUUGUGGGUGUGGAUGGAGCUCCUUGCUAAAAGGUUGUAAUUAUAAUGAUGGUUUUAUUGAAUUCGUAUCCAGAUCAGUCCUUUUUACAGCGAGUAAUAAAGUCACUACUCACGUUUGU